AUUUGGAUGCUACUGUGUAUAAGUAGUAGUAUAUAUCCAUUUUUCUUUUCGUUCUGGCAAGAAGUUCCCACAGCUGAGCUCGAGACAACCUCCGAGCGGAUUCAUGGCGCGCACUUAUACAUUUCCUGGUGUGGCCGUCAUCACUGGAGCGGGUGGGACUGGUAUCGGAGCAGCAGUUGCAAGAAGUUUUGCCUCCGCGGGCUGUGACAGAAUCGCGAUCACAGACCUUAACCCGAUCUCAUUAGACGAAACCAAACAAGCAAUCCUUAGCUCCUACCCUCAAGCUCACCUCGUUGUCCGAGCGGGAAAUAUCGCCGAUGAACAAUUCGUGGACUCAUUUAUUGGCGAAGUCGCCCAUACUUUUGGUCGGUUGGACUACGCAGUGAACUGCGCCGGAAUCUUCGGAGAUGCUCUGCGAUCGACAGAAAUGUCGACGGAGACCUUUGACCAAAUCAACAAUGUCAACUAUCGAGGAUGCUGGCUAUCUUCAAGGGCAGAACUGAGACAGAUGAUCAAUCAGGAGCCACUACCGAGCCAUGAUCCCAGUCGCCCUCCUCAGAGGGGGGCUGUGGUCAAUAUUGCAAGCCAGUUAGGGUUGGUUGGUCGUUCUAAGGCUCCUGCCUACUGUAGCUCCAAAGCUGCCAUAAUAGCCAUGACACGGUCUGACGCUAUAGACUAUUCACAAGAUGGUAUCAGAGUGAAUUGUGUCUGUCCUGGUAUAAUCGAGACACCGUUGACCACACACAGCGAAGAAAUUCGUGAGAGACUGAGGCCCGCCGUGGAUAUUGCCCCAAUGAGCAGGAUGGGGCAACCAGACGAAGUCGCGGAUACUGUGCUGUUCUUAUGUUCCACAUUCGCAUCUUUUGUGCAGGGCCAUGCCUUGGUUGUGGACGGGGGAUAUAUACUCAAUUAGUGCAACACUGAUGAAGUGAGGUUGGCAUGCACGAAAAGUGCUUCUAUGCGCGACACAGCAAAUUGGUUCUUGCUCUAUUAUUAACAAUAGGUGAAUAAGUUAAUAACUAGUUAAGGUUCC